GGGGAAGGAGGGACGAUUUUCAGCGCCGUCUGUCUCCCCGAAAGUGGUUCCUCUCGUAGAAUAAGAUAGAUUAUGGUGGAAUAUCAUCAGCCACUUCGCACAGGAAGAGCAACAAUUGUCGGUGAGACAUCAAUGACAUCACGAUAUAAACAUCGCGUCUUAUCUUUCUAAAGGAUCUCGUCGAUACUUUCUGUCCGCGUGAAACGGAAGAACCAGAAUAAACUCGCGCGCGAAGGUUAGCGCGAACAGCUGAUGUGUCCGUCUGGGGCGAGUCGCGGUUGACGGAGAUGUCAUUCAGAGUCGGUCAACGUGUCGAGGUGCCCGUGAAGGAGUGUCAAGGCGUGAUAGCCUACAUCGGCCACCCGGCUUUCGCAUCGGGCAAAUGGAUCGGCGUGAUACUCGACGAGCCGAAAGGGAAAAACAACGGGACUGUCAAGGGCCAGACGUACUUCAAGUGCGCAGAAAAUCAUGGCAUGUUUGCACGCCAAACUCAACUUAUUCUGCUGGAUGAGGCUGGUAAUAGGACGGAACCUCUCAGUCCAUCAUCAGCUGGUAGCAAUGCCACAACACCUGAUGACAGUGCUGCUAGAGCGAGGAGUCGUCUAAAUAGCAUUAGCAUGCGUCGAAGGAAUGAGCCUACAGCUGUGCGGAGAAAAACAUCUCCUGCGAAUGUUACUCGUCAGCAAUCUGACAAGCUUUCUGGUUCUCGAUUAUCCUUGGCUGGAAGUAGAACAUUAUUAAGUGCUCCAAGCACAGAAAGUCUAACUGGAUCACAGCAUGAACGUAGAGAUGGCGGCGAGUCAUCAAUUCCAGCACCAACCUCAGCUUCAAAACGUGCCUCAUUUAUUGAGAAGUCCCCUAGCACGAGCUCGCCUCCCGGCAAAAAGCCAAAGGCCCAAGAUGAUCACAAUAAUACAGGUUUUGUAGAAACGUUGAAACCACAAUUCGUACCCGGUCAGGUGAUGGCGGGUUCAGCAGCAGCUGCGACUCUGGUGGAGGAGAAAUUAUCGCACUUGCAACUUGUACAAGAAAAUGAUAACUUGAAAUCACAGGUACGCGAUCUUACUGAGAAAGUAGAAACACUACGUGUAAAACGAAUGCAAGACAAGGAAAAAAUGAAAGAUUUCGAAAAAACGAAACUUCAAGUCGAGCAGCUUCUUGAAUUCAAAGCUAAAGUCAUGGAAAGUCAAGCAAGUCUUCAGAGAGAACUUCAACGAGCUCGACAAGAAACCAGAGAAGCUCAUGCGGCGAGGGAACAAUAUCAGGAAGAAAUGUCAGAUCUUGCAGAGACAGUGGAAAUGGCUACGUUAGAUAAGGAAAUGGCGGAAGAAAAGGCCGAAACCCUUCAAAUCGAAUUAGAGCAGCUCAAGGAAAAGUUGGAAGAACAAACUUUGGAUCUGGAAAUAUUACGCACAGAAAUGUCCGAACGGGCAGCCGGUGGCGGAUCAGGUACGGGAGUUUCUAGCUACGAGGUGAAGCAAUUGGAACAGCAGAACAAUAGGCUGCGUGAAACGUUGGUGAAAAUGCGUGAUUUGUCGGCACAUGAAAAGCACGAAUUCCAGAAACUGCAAAAAGAUAUGGAUCAGAAGAAGUCUGAGAUUUUGGAAUUAGGUCGCACAAAGGAGAAGCUAUCAGCGCGGGUCGAAGAGAUGGAACAUCAGAUAGCGGAUCUACAAGAACAAGUCGACGCGGCAUUAGGAGCCGAAGAGAUGGUCGAGAUGCUAGGCGAGAAGAAAAUGGCGUUGGAGGAGAAAGUGGUUGAGCUGGAAGAAGCUGUCGCGGAUCUAGAAGCUCUACAAGAUAUGUCUGAUCAACUGGCCGAAUCGUCUAAAGAAUUAGAGUUGGAGCUUCGUGAAGAAUUGGAUCUCGCUCUUGGAGCAACGCGUGACGCUCAACGGCACCGAGACGCUGCGCUGGAGACGCUCGCGGAUCGCGAAUUAACCAUCACAAAAUUCCGCGAACUCACGCAUCAAUUGCAAGAGCAAUGUUUGCAGUUGCAGCAACGAGUUCAGUCAACAGAAUCCAUCAAGACUAACGUUCGAGGUGCUGAUCAACAACUCGCGGAGAUAUUAGACUUCCAGAAAACAUUCGCCGAAACUCGAGCGCAAACCAAGGCGGUCGAUCUAGAGUUGCGUCGACUAGAUGCCGAUGAGGCGCGGCAUCACGUUCGCUAUUUGUUGUCUUUUAUGCCCCCGGCAUUUUUGGCCCGUGGUGGAGAUCACGACGCGAUAUUGACACUUUUAUUGAUCCCAAGAAUGACGCAGAAAACAGAAAUAUUGAUUUCGCAAGUUCGAGAGAAAUAUAGAUCUAUCGAGAAAAUAGAUAGGGCUUCGGUAGUGAGGGGUCAUUCGGUGGCGCAAUAUUCGUUCAGAUCUCAUUUAUGUUCGCAUAUGUACGCCUUACAAACGACUCUAAGCUGCUUCGAAUCGGCUUUGAACUCGUGCAACCCGGAAAUGUUACUUAAAGUGGGCGCGGCUUACCCGGAAAUGGCUGCGCAAGAAAAGUCCUUGGAUUCGUUAAUCGAAUUGGCGAAGAGAGAUCAGCUGGACGAGAAUUUACCGAUGGACGCGAUUGAAAAAUGUUGCACCUACUUUGCCACUAUGUUCUCCGUACUCUUUGGCGAAAGUACGACUAUCAAUCAAGCACGCCUAAUAGUCAAUGGCACGAGAACAUUGAGCAACACGUGCGACGCCAUCGCCACUGACGCUACGGCAAUCAAAGCACUAAUACAAGGAGAGGGUGGUGAUAUAGGUCUGCUUUGUCAACACGUCGAAACGACAUGCGAGGUAAUCCAGCAACACUUAAAGUCGGCUAGAAGACGAGUACCGCGGGAUCAGACUGGUCCAGCGUUUUCUGUAGGCGCCAAUUUAGGAUUAGAUAAAGAUUGCAGUGAGCAAUUUUCGACAUGUUAUCAGCAUGGCGUGAAAAUAAUAAAGACUCUUCAGUAUCUAUUGAAAAGUGCUCUGCAAGCUAUUACCGAAAACGGUGAUUUGGACACAGGACUCGCUGCUGACAGAUUGAAGGAGAUGGCCGCGACAUCCAGCGAAAAGGUAUACGAUACGGAAGAUUUGGGACCUGUGGCCACUAUCAAAGCUAGCUUGACGGUAAUACAGCAAUUGGCGGCAAAUCUUGCGCAAAAAAUGGCCGAAUGUGAAAACGAACUGGCCAUAAGUGGACAAACACAGAGUCAGCAACAAUCUAAGGACAAUGAGCAAAUAAUGCCAAUUGUAUCUAGAGCGCAUGCAGUGAGGAAAGAGUCGGAAGAAACGAAAAUACUCAGCAGAAAACUCGAAGCAAGGGAUAGUGACAUACGUGAAGCGAGAUUAGCUUUGCGAGAGAAACAAGAGGAAUUAUCCGAGAUGACGCUACGGAAGGAAUUGGCGGAGAAACGUUUCGCGACACAACAACACGAACACGAGAUGAACGUCGAAAAGUUGAAGAGAAAAUUAGAAGAGGCGCAAAAUCAAUUGAAACGCAAGGAAAAAGAAUUCGAAGAGACAAUGGAUCAUCUUCAAACUGACAUCGACAGCUUGGAAACGGAGAAAGGGCAAUUGAAGGAGAAAUUAAAGUCAAUUGGCAAGAAAACGAUAUCGGUAUCUGGUGGAGCUGAUAGCAUGACAGGAAACACCUCGAUAACGAGCGCUUUAGACAAUAAAUAUUAUGUACAAGAGAUACAUGCUCUAAAGGAAGCCUUGAAUAAUGAACACCAGCAGAAAAAGAAGAUACUGUGCGAUGUUUUGCGUCAAAAGUUAGAUAAUUUAGAGCCAUUGCCGUCACCAACAAAUUUGAAAUCUCUGGAUUCAACAAUUCAAGAAUUGCGACAGAAGACUACCAGUCUCGUUAAGGAUGUCGAGAAAACUCUAGUUUACCCGACAGUUCCCGAUCUGCGGCGUAAAGUACCCGAGAUGUCUUAUCAUUACUUAUUGGAACGGCGAAGAAGCAUCAUGCAGUUAAAGGCACGAGCUGACGAGUUAACUGCCCAAGUACGUCGCGAGGCUAUUAAACGUACACCGGGUGGAAGAGCAGAAGCCAAUUUCGCCGUGUAUCCGAAUCGUGAAAUGGCAGCGGCAAUGCAGGAACGCAAAUUACUCGCCGCCGAAAUAAAGAUCCCUUACAAUGGCCCGGAAAAAUCUUUCUCUGUCAAUGUAGGACCGGAAGAACUUAGGAGAAUUCACACUCUACUGUACUAUUAA